AUGCCGUCCAACAACAACAACGAUAUAGCAAACCAACCUUGGGACAUCAUCGUGGUAGGGACCGGCGCAGCAGCAUUAACAUCUGCCCUCUCCGCCGCGACUUCCAUUCCAGGCUACGCUCCAAGGGUCCUCCUCGUAGACAAAGCCCCCGAAGACUGGGUUGGUGGCAACGGGUAUUUCACGGCAGCUGCGUACCGCACGCAGCAUGGCGGGUUGAAGGAUCUUCUACCGAUUGUCUCGAAUGUUCCCGCAGAGCUUGAGGAUAAGAUUGAUCUGCCGCCUUACACGGCGGAUGAUUUUCAUGAUGAUUUGGAUCGUGUGACGGGAGGGAGGAGUAGUAGGGAGCUGGGAAGGUAUCUUGUGGGGGAGAGUUUGGAGACGGUGAGGUGGUUGAAGGAGGUGGGUGGAGUGGAUUGGUGGUUGAGUUUUCGGAGACAAGCGUAUGAAGUCAACGGACGUUGGCAGUUCCGGGGAGGUCUACAUCUCACGGUCGAGGAUGGUGGCAAGGGUCUGAUCAGAAGUCUGGUAAAGGCAGUCAAGGAUGCAGGCUGUACGAUAGCGUUCGACACUGCUGCGAAGAGUGUUGUGGUAGAUGAGAAGGGCGCCGUGUCAGGCCUCGAGAUCGAAAGAGCAGGGAACGUGCAGCGCCUCGUGGCCAGCUCUGUGAUACUCUGCGGCGGAGGUUUCGAAGCAAGUCCUAUGCUUCGACAAAAGUGGAUGGGGCCAGGGUGGCAACUGGCACACACGAGAGGUACGCCGCACAACACCGGUGAUAUGCUUCUUGAAGCAAUACGACUUGGCGCAAAGACUGUGGGUGAUUUCAGUCCGGGUGGCUGUCAUAGCGUGGCUUGGGAUGCCGAUUCGCCUCAGAAUGGUGGCGAUCGUGAGAAGACGAACGAGUUCACCAAGUCGGGUUACCCGUUAGGCCUGAUGCUCAAUGCAGACGGAAAGAGGUUCGUGGACGAAGGUAUUGACUUGCGCAACUACACAUACGCCAAGUCCGGUCGAGCAAUUUUGGAGCAGCCAGGUGGUAUUGCUUUUCAGGUAUGGGACAAGGAUGGUCAGAACUGGCUUCGGAAGGAAGAAUACCGCGAUGAGAUUGUCCGGAAAGUUUACGCUGAUAGCAUGGAAGAACUUGCCGCGAAGCUGGAGCAAGAUGGCUUGAGGGACUCUCAGCACUUUGCGCGCACAAUUGCUGAAUACAACGAAGCCAUCCAGGCACAUGGCGAAGAGUAUCCGGAUGUCCAGCUGAACCCUGCGGAGAGGGAUGGCCUUUCGACGCAGUCGUCCCGCAAGCAGCUGGCUUUGGCAAAGUCGAAUUGGGCGAUUCCGAUCGUGAAGCCGCCUUUCCUGGCUGUGAAGGUUACUUCUGGCAUAACAUUCACAUUUGGUGGGCUCGCUAUCAAUCCGGAAAGUGCUGCUGUGCUACGCAAUGACGGCUCGGAAAUCGAAGGACUGCUCUGUGCUGGUGAGAUGGUGGGCGGCUUGUUCUAUAGUAACUAUCCUGGCGGCAGCGGAUUGACAGCUGGUGGUGUCUUUGGCAGACGAGCUGGCCAGGUGGCCGCAAUGCGAGCACAGAGGAUGUCGGCGUGCUCGCAGUAA